AUGCCAGCAGAGGUUGGACAGCCCGCCCCCGACUUUUCCCUUUACGACACCGACCGCAACGUCCGCACCCUUCAGGAGUUCCGCGGCAAAACCGUCGUCCUCGCCUUCUUCCCCGGCGCCUUCACCGGCGUCUGCACCACCGAGGCCUGCACCCUCCGCGACUCCAUCUCCGAAUUCGACGGCAUGAACGCCCAGGUCCUCGGCAUCACCGUCGACGGCCCCUUCGCCCAGAAGGAGUGGUCCACCCAGAACAGCGUCAACUACCCCUUCCUCUCCGACUUCAACCGCCAGGCCGUCAACGCCUACGACGUCGCCCUCCCCGGCCUCGCCGGCAUGGAAGGCUACGUCGCUGCCAACCGCGCCGUCAUCGUCGUCGACCCCCAGGGCACCGUCCAGUACCGCUGGACCGCCCCCGCCCCCGUCAACGAACCCGACUACGCCGAGGUAAAAGCGGCAGUCCAGUCCUGCGCGUAG